CUCACCAUGAUGCUUCUUACAUUGGUGGUGUUGGCGUUGGUUACGACGACGGCUGACGGUGUGGCGGUGAUAUCGAACGACAUCCCUGACACAGGCAUCACGGAGAAUGAUACAGUGUGUUCCGGCGGACGAUCAUCCAUGCAGCUGUCUUGGUCUGGCUCUCUGAGCUUUUGGUACAGAAAUAUGAUACAGACAUACACCAACUGUACCUAUGUGGACGGCAACCUCAUCGUCACGUAUCUUACCGACGACAACAUCACCUACGAUCUAACCUUCCUGCGUAACAUACGUUACGUCCGAGGUUACGUACUGGUCGCGGUUGCGGAUCCACAAAUUGAACUGAACCUGCCCAGACUAGAAGUGAUCAGGGGCAACUCGACGUUUACGUUUCAUGGCGACCACUAUGGAAUGGCUGUGCUGCUCACCAACCUCACGGCAGUACGCCUCCCCCGGUUGAAAGAGAUCACAAAUGGAAAGGUUCUCUUUCUUCUAAACCUACCGGACAUUCGGAUAGAAAUAACAAGGGACUGGGACCAGAUCGUGGGAGGCAGGGAAAGCAGGUAUCCCGGGACUGUCACCAUCGAUAAUGAACAUCCCGUCGCCCGGCAUUAUGAUGUGUGUCCCUCCCACUGCCCUCGGAGAUGCUACUGGUACGGAGCUGGAUGCUGUCACCAUCAGUGCGCCGGGGGGUGCUGGGGACCAUCUCCCACCCAGUGUGAGACGUGCAAGGAUUUCGAACUGGACGGCGAGUGUUUGAGUCAUUGUCCUAAUGACGUAUACUAUCCACACGGCAGAAGAUGUCUCCGGAACCCUUGGUACAGAGGAAGAUAUCACAGAUAUCACAGACAUCACAGACAUUAGUGCAAGCCGUUUCCACAUUUAUUUCUGAAUUACUGUACUCUUCAAUUGUUUUAAAGAUAUCUUGAAUUAAUUUAGAGAUAUCUUGAACUGAUGAUAUCCUGUAUGAAUUUAAGAUGUCUCGAAUAGAGAUAAUCAUAGAUAUCAGUGAAAUCAAUAGAUCUAAUGAAGCAUAUUGAUGAUGUCUUGAAAAGAAUUGCUGAUAUCGAAAAAUUGUAUGCUGCAAUUCUGUAUAAUGACCGUAUUGACAGGUGAGUAGUUGAAUUGUUUAGUAGAUACUGACUAAACCUAUGUGAACACGUGUUUUUUUUAUAGACUUUCACGAAACUUGUUUCUGUUAUAUAAAAUGAGAAUUAUGUUGCUUUUUAAAAAAAUAAACAAAGAUUUUUAA